AUGUCCAAAGAUGGAACUCAACGCUCUUCGUCAACGUUCCACUUCUUUGCCGGUCUUGCAACGGGCUGCGUGUCCGCCACGCUCCUCCAACCUGCCGACCUCCUCAAAACCCGUGUCCAACAGUCCCGCUCAACCUCCCUCGUCACCACCCUUCGCCAGAUUCUCGCAGGUCCCAACUCCUUAAAACAACUCUGGCGCGGUACACUGCCAUCUGUCAUACGUACAGGUGUCGGUUCCGCGCUUUACUUCUCCUCCCUUAAUGCAUUGCGCCAGCAUGUUGCGACAUCGAAUCUUCUCACGUCCACAGGUAUAGUGCAAGCGUCUGUGGGUACCUCGCAGUUCUCAUCCUCGAGCUUGCCUAGAUUAUCUAACAUGGCAAAUAUGACUACCGGAGCUAUUGCAAGAGCUUCGGCGGGGUUUUUCAUGAUGCCGAUCACGGUCAUCAAGGUCCGCUAUGAAUCGAGCUUAUAUUCUUAUAAGUCAAUAUGGAGUGCGGGGAACGCUAUACUAAAGAAAGAAGGCAUCAGAGGCUUUUUCUCGGGCAUCGGAGCAACAGCGAUACGAGACGCUCCCUAUGCUGGCUUAUAUGUCCUCUUCUACGAACAAUCGAAACGACGACUGAGUCAGGUUCGGGAGGUUACUCCACUCGCCGAGAUAUCAAACUUUGAAGGUGGUAUGAAAAGCAGCACUUCUCUAUCUAUCAACUUUCUGUCUGGUGUUCUAGCAGCUGGCUUUGCUACAGUGAUUACAAAUCCAUUUGAUGCGGUGAAGACAAGACUGCAGCUUAUGCCUGGGAAAUAUAGCAAUAUGAUCAUAGCUGGGCGGCGAAUGGUUAAAGAAGAUGGUUUUCGAAGUCUCUUCGACGGGUUGGGGUUGCGGAUGGGUAGGAAGGCCCUCAGCUCCGCUCUAGCCUGGACUCUCUAUGAAGAGUUGAUUAGGCGGGCUGAGAUGGAGGUUCAACACAAGGGUGGAGCUACAGUGUAA